CAAUUCGACCAUGAAAUGUCCGGCGUGUUUCAAUCCCCGGCUUAUAUCAACGGCAAAAUAAAAUCACAACUGUCGUAUCUUGAAUCUGCAUCGGGUAGGUACGUACGACCGCUCUCGCGAUAACAAUAUGAUUCGCGAGGAGUAAUUAAUUUCGACGGUAGAUGCGUCGAUCGAUUAUAUAUAGCCAAAUAUGUCUUACAUCGAGACCGCGGUGUGUGAUAUUUUUAUUCGUUAGCGGGACGCGUUUGGCGAUAUGGUUUUACUCGUAUCGUUUGAAUCGCGGGUAAUCGGCAGACACGAGAUUCAAAGAUUCGCGCUCGUUCGAAAAAUUUCCUAUCUCGUGAAAUCUGUUUAUAGAAGACACGGCUCCUGUACCUCGAUGAUAUUCAAAAAUUUGUCCGACGAAUUGUAAUUGAUUAACCGAUUUUAAUCCCAGUCGAAUUUCUCGAGAUUCAACCGUCGCACAAGCUUUGCUAUUUAUCUAAUAACGUCCCGCGACUUCAUUCUAUUUAUAAAUCCGGAGCGUAAAGAAUAGCCGGCCAAUCGGCUUUCGACAUCAACCGGAGAACUGUGUACGCCGUUUUCGUUGUACCCGCAUAUAAAUACGCGAAUCGUCCUCACCGCCGAAACUCACCACGUCGGGUUCGUCGGCGAUUCGUUUUAUCACCAACGACUACUACGACUACGACGACGACGAUACAAUCGAGCGAAAAUCAGUUACUUAACCGCCCACGCCAUAUUUCGAUCGGUCAGUUGAGUUACGCGGCUUCUGGAGCUUAGCGCGUCCUGCACGCUGACGAUAAAAUACAGUGCGUCGUACAUUUCGGACGUACGUCGAGAGAUCGUUGGGAAAAAUGCCGUCUUGCCUGAGCUGUCUGGUUCCGGGGCAAACGCGUAGACGCGACGAGGAGGACGACGACGACGGUAGCAAGAAGAUACUGGAGACUCCGCUUCAUCCCGACGCCGUUGUUCCUCCGGAUAACGUGAGCGCCGGCGAGUACAUAUUCGAAAUACUGAAGGGGAAACCGACUCACGUUGGCCAGAUCGACUCGCUGACCGACGCCGAGGACACUUACGGCCAGAUGCUGGAGCGCAGCGUUCGUACCGCCCUUUGGCUGAGGAGCAGAGGAAUCGAAUCCGGCGACGUGGUCGCACUCUGUACUCACAAUCAUUUCGACACGGUGACACCGAUCCUCGCGUCUCUCUACUGCGGGUCGACAGCGGCUCCUUGGGAUCCGGGGAUGAAUUGCCAGGAAAUCAAACACAUGGUGAGUAUAUCUCGUCCCAGAUACGUGUUCUGCAACGAGGAGUCAGCCUGCACGGUCCUGGUAGCGUUGAAGGAAUGCAAAAACGACGCGGAGGUCGUCGUCUUCGGUCACCACUCGGGAUGCGCGUCGUUCGCCGAUGUACUGAAACCUUUCGCCGCCGAAGAUAUCGACGAAUUCGAGUGCUCGAAAAUCGACGAAAGGUCGGAGGUAGCGCUGAUAGUGUGCAGCAGCGGUAGCACCGGACUACCGAAGGGCGUCGAGCACACCCACAGGACUAUCAUGAUCCAAUUCGGCAUAGUGAAAUUGUUGAAUCUCCGCAACCGUACGAGCGCUGUGUUCUCGUCGUUGUACUGGAUAUCCGGUGUGAUUGGUGUACUGGUAUGCAUCGCCGGCGACAUGAGGAAGGUAAUAGUGCCGGUCGUCGACGAGGACAUCUGCGCCCGGGUAAUAGAAAAGUACAGGAUAACGUGGGCGCUGAUGGGCACCAGCGUCCUCGUCAGACUGAUCUACUCCGGUGCGCUGGAGAAGUACGACGUGUCCUCGCUGAAGACGAUCACCGGCGGCGGUGGCGUGGUUUCACUGGAAGCCUUCGCCAAGCUCAGGGCGAUACUGCCGAACGCUCUGAUAACCCUGGGUUACGGUAUGACGGAACUCGGUGGCGCGGCGACCUUCCAAUUGGUCGAGUCCGAGCGAAAUUCGUGCGGCAAGCCGAUCUACGGCGUGUCCUGCAAAAUCCUGGACACCUCGACCGGCGGUAUUCUCGGCGCCGGGGAGGUGGGCGAGAUAUGCUGGAAGAGCCCCUGCCUGAUGAAGGGCUACAGAAACAACCCCGAGGAAACCGCCGACAUGAUAGACGCCGAGGGUUGGUUACAUUCCGGUGACAUCGGCUACUACGACGAGGACGGUUCGAUUUACAUCGUCGACAGAUCGAAGGAGAUGAUCAAGUGCCGGGGUAAUCAGAUAGCGCCGGCGGAACUCGAGGGUAUCAUCGCUAGGCAUCCGGGAGUCCAGGAUUGCGCGGUGGUCGGAAAACCGGACAAAAUAGACGUGGAACGUCCCGUUGCUUUCGUGGUGAGGAGACGGGGUGAUCCGACGACUGUCACGGAAGAAGAGAUCGUGCGGCUCGUCGCCAGCCAAGUUUCGGAAAGGAAACAGCUCAGAGGUGGCGUUCGAUUUUUGGACGCUUUGCCGGUAUCGCCGAGCGGUAAAACGAAGAGGGCCGUACUCAGGAAUAUGUUGUUGAAAGAAAUCUAGUGAUUUUGAGGAAAAAUACAUAGGUACUUCGCGGAGAAAAAAUUCCGCGGCCCAAAUGAAACGCGUACGCCGCGGAUCCCUCGCUCCUCAAGCCGAACGGAUCCACGCGGGAAAUCGAACGGAUCUUCAGCGGUAUUUUUCCGUGAGAACGUGAAUUUUAUUUUCAUAAUGAAUAUCAGUCGAGUGGGUUAUCUAUGGGGGGG